AGGAAUUUAUCGGACAGAGGGCCAGUGCACCUACAAAUCGAAUUCCCAGGCUCAUAUGUGUCACCAGUUGGACCUCAGUGUCGUAAUUCUUGAAAACAUUAUUACACCUGUAGACCCUAUUGGUCCAAUCUUGGCAAUAACAGAUCGUUUUGCUCAAGUGUUUGUCAGUGGAGGAACUACUCAAGAUCAGUGCUGUAACAUAACCAGUCAUAAGACCUUUUACUCAAUCUUGCCAGCAAACAAAAUUACUAAAGUUUGUUUUACAGGUACAACUCCAAGGGCAUUAAAACUUCAGCUUCAUGGGGCUCAGAAUUCCACCAAACUUGUCUUGGCUCUAUUUUACGACAUCCCAGAUAGUUUUUAUAUUGUUUCAGGAGGAGAACGGUAUUCCACAGUUCUCUAUGACAUAGCACCUGACUUUCAACAUCAGAAACAUGGCUCAAGCUUUUUUAGUUUUAGAGAGAACUUGUUGUAUGUUAUCUUGCAAGGAGAUGAGCCACUAGAGAUAUGGACCAAGCUAUCUGUUCACUUGUUUUUCUAUGUGGUGGAAGGAACUGGCACAGACCUUUACAACCAGUUAGGCUUGAAACUGGCCCACUUUUUGAACAUUGAUCCAGCUCAAGUAAGAGUACUGCAGAUAUUCCAGGGUCGAGCUUCAACGUUAAAGACCAUCACAGACAGCCAUUCAAAGCGUAAGCGGCACUGCCCAUCCAUAAUCCAAAAACAGAGAAGAGUCAGACGUCACUCUGGUACCAACCUAAAAGAUAUUGACAGAAAGAAAAGACAAAGACAAGAGAGCCAAUUGGAAUUACUUAUUGUGGAAAUAGAUGAACCUAAUGUAUUGAGCCCAACUAAUGCCUCCAAAGGAAUAGCAACUUCUUCAACACAAAGGGACAUGCAGAACAUAUCCAACAGCAUUAUCAGUGCUUUGCAGACAGGAGAAUUGGAGAAUACUUUCAGUGUGCAGAUUGAUUAUAUGAUGGUGGCUGUACCAGAUUUGGGAAAUAGAAGCAGGAGUAGUGACGCAGAAGAAAGUCGCAGUGCUGUGUACGUGAGACCUCAUAGACUCUUUAUUGAUGUACAGCCAGUGGGGGGGCCGGCUGGACAGCCACUUCUGAUGCAGCCUAAAAUUACAUUCCUGGAUAUCAAGGGAAAUCAAGUUAGGAAUUUAGGACAUUCUUCCAGCCCCUGGUACUUAUCAGUUUAUCUGAAGGACGCUUCAACUAUUAAUCUGAAAGGAAACACCACGGUGCUGAUACAAGAUGGAUGGGCUAACUUCUCCAACCUGGCCAUCUCAAGUUCUGGAUCCAACUGGUGCCUGAUAUUUAAUGUGACAUCACCUCCAGGUCUCUCAUUCUCAAUACAGUCACAGGAAUUCAACGUCUUUCACCUACUGAAGCAGCCUAGAGAGAAUGUCUUCAUGCUGGUGGUGUUCAGUUCUGCAGCUUCUGCUAUUGUUUUGUUCUUUUUCUUCUGCUGUCUAUUCAAAUGGAAGAAAGGUGGAAGAUUCAAACAAAGCAAACCAGAAAGAUCUAAGAAGAUUAGAAGAUUUACCACCAGGAACAGAAUAUCCUAAACCCUCAAAAGUCUCAAGCACCGACUGCUGACAGUUUGACAAAAAAUCCUGGCAUUGAAAAGACUGUGAAGAACACUAGAUUCAGAUAAAGGUCCAAUACAGAGUUGCAUGACCACCAUAGAUGUGCGCAGAGGGUGUGCCAGGUGUGCUUAGGCACACCCUAAUUACCCUUUACAUCACAGAUUCCCCCUACUGC